AUGCCUAACAAAUUAUGGAGAGUCCACCCUAGAAAUUAUGGUAAAGAUUCUAGAGAAUGUAGAGUUUGCCAUGCACACUAAGGUUUAAUAAGAAAAUAUGAAAUGUAUGUAUGCAGAAGAUGCUUCAGAGAAUAAGCAGCUCAUAUUGGAUUUGUUAAGUACAGAUGAGAUUGCUUUUUUUUUAGCAAAAAUUUAUCAAAAAAAAUAUAAAUAGAAUAUUUAUAAAUAUAUUUUUAUAUGCAUAUAAAGUAAAUAUUAUUGUUUUUUAAAAAUAUUUAUAUUUAAACAUAAUAUAUUAAUAAUUCAUUUU